AUGCCACUCUGUCUCACCUUCAUCGACUUGAAGAAGGCCCUCGACUCAGCUGAGACGGAAGCGGUCAUGAAAGCCUUGGACAACCAAGGCGUCCCUACUCAAUACAUAAAGGUACUUCGAGAGUUCACGACCGGAAUCCCGCCAUGCUACAAGAAUAUCAUCAUUGGCGCGAAGAGGGGAGUUCGAAAGGGUGAUACAAUCUCAACCAAAAUAUUCACAGGCACCCUCGAGAAUGCAACGCGAAAGUUGAAAUGGGGCGACAUGAGAGUGAAGGCUGAUGGUCUGCAGCUACACCAUUUGCGCUUUGCGCCACACCCCUACACCAUGACAUCGUACUAA